AUGUUGGCAAUGGAACUGGAGGGAGAAUCUCCUGAUAUUUUCGACGAAGAGUGGGCCUAUUAUGAAGACCAGUUUAAGUUGGUAAUGGAUGAGAUGCGCAAGUAUAACCCUCCUGAGGUUACUCUCUCCGCCCUCACUGAGACCGGUCGAGACGAAUCAACAAUUCCUGUGUUGAAACAACGGUCAUACACUGGUAGAAAGGUGAUUUCCUCUGCUCUUGCCGACACUCCCUGUGCCGAUCUUGGUGUCCAUGGAGUGUUUGAGAAACUUAACGUGAUACUCGGCACCUCAUACAAUCUAUCCUCUACAAUGUCCUCACUUCUCGAAUCUUACAUCGAAAAUAAUUACGAUUUUGGCAUGGCCUACGCUUAUUUGCGCUUCUACUGGUUUCACUCCGCCAUCACUGAUAAGCUGUUGUGCGAGAAACAGAGGGACGAGAAAAUGCGCAGCCAGGUAAUCGCCGAUGACAUGAUCACCGAGCGGAACAUGCCCCCUCGACGCGUCUGGGAUCUGUAUGCUAAUCGGGUGGUGCCAUACUGGGUUGGGAUCAUAUCCUGGCAGGGGAUAUCCCAUGCGUGGCUUGAUGUGGAAGAGCGUGUGGAUGUGAUGACACCCAUCAACGGGUACGAGUGGCCCGUGCCACUGCCAAAGGAUGCUGAUCUUAAUCUCAUUCGUGUCGAGAUGUUGAACUUCGGAGCAGAGUAUGCAUGGUUGGAUGUUCUGUGUGUGCGGCAGAGGGAUGGGAUUAGGGAGGAUCUACGCAAGGAGGAGUGGAAGUUGGAUAUCCCCACGAUUGGAGGGGUGUAUGGUGUCCGCUACAAGGACAAGUUGGAUGGAGUGGUAUGUUACUUAAGCGGACUCGGUCUGCCGCUGAAUAUCAAACCGGGCGACCUUGAGAGUGACCGGUGUUGGUUCAGACGAGCAUGGUCACUACAGGAGGUCCCAAACGGCUCUGAUCCGCUCAUCGGCGGGGAUACUGGCGAUGACAGAAUCAUGGACAAGGAUAUGCAAACGACGGUCUAUGAACGUCUGCGAUCCUUGUCCCAGAUGCGACUAAUUGGCAUGCCAUUUAACAUCCUGUCACAGAUGCAGGAGCGGGUGUCAAUGAGUCAUUUGGACAAAUUUGCAAGCUUGGUAUGCCUGUUCAACAUGAAGUAUAUCCCAAUUUUCGAUAUCGAAGGCUCGGCAGAGCAUUUCUGGGCAGCCGUUAUGGAUGCCAUGUCGCGUUCGUCUCGGGCAGAUUUCUUCUUCUACUAUCCUGGGCCUGGGAACGGAAAAGUAUUUUGGCGACCAUCGUGGGAUCAAGUGAUGACAUCCAUACUUCCGAGGGAUGAGGGGCAGCCCAAUGUCGGGGGUGUUGAUCGGACAGAGAAGAUAGAUUCUGACUGGUAUGAGGGACCACGGAUUGACUCGAUCUAUGUUAAUGGCUUGGCGGAAACAUCGGGCGAACCUCGAUGGGGGAAGUUGUCCAUCAAGGAUAAUACGGGGGGAUUUUGUGAAUGCAAAAUUAUUGCUAACCACACAUACCCAAUACCCGAUGGCUGGUAUACACUCAUAGGCACCGGUGGACGUCGCAUUCGAUCAGGUCGUACCUGGGUAGUCGGGCGGCAAAGAUAUGGCAAGAAGUUUGAGAAAGUGUCAGUGAUCAGUUUGGCAGAUGAUGAAGAAGUAGGAAAGUUGCGGGAACUCGGAGUUGAAAGAUGUCUUCACACAGAUAUUUGUUGAUUUAAUUGGGUUGACAGUGUGCUGCACACUAGUCCACUUAAUUGCGGUGAGAUAGGAUGGUAAACAAUGGUAGCACAUUAUUUACACAACCCAUAAGGACCCGAUAGUCUGUAGUUUCUUUUCCAUCUCUCUUCCUUCUUAUUGGUAUCAGUCGUCUGAUUCAGGAUGGCAAGAAUCCUCGGAGGGAGGUAUAUGGGUCGACGUGGACAG